AUGGCGAUCCAUGCAGAACUUGCAUCCUGUUUCGAUACAUAUUUUGUUGUUGAAGACGUUUCGUUUUGGACUCAGGUGGCACCAUUAGUCCGAUUGGAGGGCGAUUAUAAUGUAGAACUGCCAGGAAUGGUCUCCCGUGUUUACAUGCGUGAGGAAUCACCUUGGGUUUUGAGCAUUGUCGUUGUGCCUACGAACGUGGACAGCAUUGAAGCGUUAGAUGCCGUUCCGCUAUUGUUCUGCCUCUGUGACGAACCGAUGUUAGCCGUAGAUUUGGCGAGACGACGCCCUCCAAAAUCUCCGCGAGUACUUGAUCGACGUUUUUCGACUUCACCAUCUGCAAGAGUGAGGGAACAGGAAAAGCAACCUGGUAAGGCUAGAGAAGUGCGAACACUAUUUUGCCCAGACCGUAGUCCUUCCGUGCGGACUAGUAGCGUACCGUAUUCGAGGCCUCUGAUUGAUGCGGUCGAUGAACAGCCAUCUAUGGUCGAUUACGGUAAAUAUACGGUAGCAGUCAAUGACAAAUUUAUCUGUGCGGUUCAAAAGAACUUUCUGUGUACUUUGAAAAUUGAGGGAGUUACGUUUUGGGAAUAUAAUCUCCCUGCUACAGAUGCGUAG